GAUGACCUUCGCGGCCUCUAUGGGGGGUACGGCGGGGAAGCAGCUCAUACGAGCAGGCGCUUUGCUAGAACGAAGAGCACCAGCUCGCGGUCGCAUCGCAUCCGUAUCUGGUCUAGUCCUCACUACGGUGGUCGGCCCCGUCUUAGACCUGGGAGCUUACAUUUAUGUUGUAUAAGUCGCACUUAGAUUCGCUGAAGUCUUAUCUUCAUUUUUCGUUAGUCUUAGUGAUCAAAGAACGGAGCAGAUCUACAUGGACAAAAGCUUAAUGUUGUCUGAGACUAAGUUUACGAUGUUGGGAACUCUUUUUCAUUCCGUGAGACUUCAGUGAGACCAUUUGAUCUAUCUAAUCAGCGUUCGCUCCUCAGUCGAUGGUGGCGCCGUUUAGUGGAUUAGAUGUUGUUUGGAACGCGAUGCUGGCGCCAUUCACCUUAGGCGAAAAAGUUACGACGCCUAAAGCUGUCGCGAUUGGAAUGGUCUUUUCAGGUGGAAAUUACUUGUACUUCGGAUGUGUGGACAAGAUACACAUCAUACUCGUACGUCAUUUGUCAUCUUUCGGCGUGAAGGUUCCCAAUAGAUAGUGAUGCGUCUUCAAGCGUAUCAUCAAUCAGAUUGGUUGAAACAGAAAGGCGUUGAGUGCAGGGAUUUUAAUUUGAAUUUCAAGAAAAUGUGAUGAAAGCAAAUCUUUAUCUUCUUUGAAAUUUUGAAUUUUCAAAUUCCGUAAAUUUUUGAUUUUAUUCCAUUUAUUUCAAUAAUUGACAUCCUGAUGCUGCAUUGUCACUGAGGUAUGAGUCAUCUUUCGAAGCGUCUCAUUCUAGAAGGACACUCGUUCACCGAUCAUAGGUGUCUUUUCUACGCUAUUUUUCGUGCGACACGAAGAGCCGGACUACACAGCGGACUAUAUGCGAGAGCUGGUCGUUUCGUGGAGGGCAUUCAUCUAUCUCCUAUGUUAUGUGCAGGGCUUGCCAAUGGCAGUAUCUAUUUUGCAAGAUCCUUUACUUCUAAUUCAUGUAGUUAUGGUUCACCACUUACGGGAGCGUCUGUUCGCUACGUAAGCGACCGACCGACCGGUCACUACUCAGGAGAGGGGCUGUCACCGCUUAUAAGUGAGGAGGCGUUCACAGCUUGAGCUAGGUGACAUUCACCGCUUGAGGGAGGCGCCGUUCACCGCUUGAGGGAGGCGGCGUUCACCGCUUAAGCGAGGUGUCAUUCACCGCUUAGGGGAGGCGGCUUUCACCGCUUAUGCGAGAGGGCCUUCACCUCUUGAGGGAGGCGGCGUUCACCGCUUAAGCGAGGUGUCAUUCACUGCUCAAGGGAGGCGGCUUUCACCGCCUAAGCGAGAGGGCCUUCACCGUUUAAGCGAGAAGGCUUUUACCGCUUAAGCGAGAAGGCUUUUACCGCUUAAGCGAGAGGGCUUUUGAUUCACCGCUUAAGCGAGGGGUCUUUCGCCGCUCCCUUAAGUGCCGCAAAUGGUGGUCCCUUCAGUGCUUCAAAUGGUGCUCCCUUGAGUGCCGCGAAUGGUGCUCCCUUAAGUGCCUCAAGUGGUGCGCCCUUAAGUGCCUCGAAUGGUAAUCCCUUAAGUGCCUCAGACGGUCCUCGCCUCCUUUACGUGCCUCAGGUGGUGCUCCCUUAACGGUUGCGCCCAGUGCUCCCUUAACGAUUUCGCCUGGUACCCCCUUAACCGUUUCGCCCAGUGCUCCGUUAGCGGUUUCGCCUGGUUCUCCCUUGGCGGUUGCGCCCAUUGCUCCCUUAACGGUUUCGCCUGGUACCCCCUUACCCGUUUCGCCCGGUGCUCCGCUAGCGGUUUCGCCUGGUACCCCCUCAGCCGUUUCGCCCAGUGUUACCUUAACGGCUUCGCCUGGUACCCCCUUAGCCGUUUCGCCCAGUGCCCCCUUAACCGUUUCGCCAGUGCUCCCUUAACGGUUGCGCCCAGUGCUCCCUUAAGUGUAAAGUGUUUCUCCAAGUGCUCUCUUAACGGUUUCGCCUGGUAUUCCCUUAACCGUUUCGCCCAGUGCCCCCUUAACGGUUUCGCCAGUGCUCCCUUAACGGGUGCGCCCAGUGCUCCCUUAAGUGUAAAGUGUUUCUCCAAGUGCUCUCUUAACGGUUUCGCCUGGUAUUCCCUUAACCGUUUCGCCCAGUGCCCCCUUAACGGUUUCGCCAGUGCUCCCUUAACGGGUGCGCCCAGUGCUCCCUUAAGUGUAAAGUGUUUCUCCAAGUGCUCUCUUAACGGUUUCGCCUGGUAUUCCCUUAACCGUUUCGCCCAGUGCCCCCUUAACGGUUUCGCCAGUGCUCCCUUAACGGGUGCGCCCAGUGCUCCCUUAAGUGUAAAGUGUUUCUCCAAGUGCUCUCUUAACGGUUUCGCCUGGUAUUCCCUUAACCGUUUCGCCCAGUGCCCCCUUAACGGUUUCGCCAGUGCUCCCUUAACGGGUGCGCCCAGUGCUCCCUUAAGUGUAAAGUGUUUCUCCAAGUGCUCUCUUAACGGUUUCGCCUGGUAUUCCCUUAACCGUUUCGCCCAGUGCCCCCUUAACGGUUUCGCCAGUGCUCCCUUAACGGGUGCGCCCAGUGCUCCCUUAAGUGUAAAGUGUUUCUCCAAGUGCUCUCUUAACGGUUUCGCCUGGUAUUCCCUUAACCGUUUCGCCCAGUGCCCCCUUAACGGUUUCGCCAGUGCUCCCUUAACGGUUGCGCCCAGUGCUCCCUUAAGUGUAAAGUGUUUCUCCAAGUGCUCUCUUAACGGUUUCGCCUGGUACCCCGUUAACGGUUUCGCCCAGUGCCUCCUUAACGGUUUCGCCCAGUGCUCCCUUAACGGUUUCGCCCAGUGCUCCCUCAAGUGUUUCUCCCAGUGCUCUCUUAACGGUUUCGCAAGGUGCCCCCUUAUAGGUGCCUCACUGAUGAUUGCCUUUCCCCUCCACAACACCAAAGAUUCAUACCACUCUGCUAGCCUUCCUUGGGUGGAAUAUUCUUUGGGUUCAAAGAAAAUACAAGUCUGGUGACAAUCGGCGCGGCCUCUCUCUUGGAGUUACCGGUGGAUUUUUGGCAGGAACCAUGUUUUGCGUGAAAUUGGUAUGGUUGUGGGUAGUAAAAAGUAGUAGAAAGUAGUGAGUAGGACAUCCUACGUACACUAGUACCUUGAGCAACAAGUUGUUGGUGGAGAUUUGGAUUGCUGUGGUGGUGAGUCGUACAAAACAAAGACUACGAAUAUUUGUUUGACCUAACACUACUCCUAUCUGCUCUUCCUGAAUUGUUGUUAACGACUUUCAUAUUCGGUGGGCGAAAUUAUUCAAGAUUGCGCGAAUGCAUCAGAGGGAUUCGGCGAUAGGCUGGUAAUUUUUUUAUUUACACGAGGGAGCUUGUCCUACUUGCAAAGCUUCGUAAUAUUAAAUUUGUUAUUUAAAGAUUUGAUCAUUACUUGCACGUGCAGCCUGAGAGGACAGAGUGCACUGAUUCAUUAUUUGCAGCACUGCACCUGUGAUAAAACUUUUGUAUCGCAUACUCCCUCUGGUCAACAUCAACAUCACUAUCUCAUACCUCUCGUGGUCACCGUCAUCGUCAACAUCACCACAUACUUUAACAUCUUAUCCCAAAUACAUCUGAUGACAUAUGUAAUUAACCUCCUCCCAUAACAGGACGCUAGUGCUUUCCCCCUUAUUUUCACUUAGAGGCGUGCUGCAAAUCUUGAUUGGCUUUCACCUUUUAGGUGAACGCUUAGGUCCCGCGACGCUCAAAGCACUAAGUAAAGCAGCCGGUUAGUUUUCACCUCUAAAAGUCUAAGCUUAUCCCGUGCAACAACAUAUAACUUAACAUCAACCAUUACUAUCCCCCAGGGCCAGUGGUUCGAGUCUGACGCAUUUUUAGUUUUUUCAACCAUUACUAUCCCCCAGGGCCAAUGGUUCGAGUCUGACGCAUUUUUAGUUUCGGGGCUAGUCUUUGGAGCUAUUUUUUUCAGCGUAAUGAACAUCCGCUUUAUGGCGUUGGGGAUGCGGGAGUUUGAAGUCCUCUUCAUGGUCACGAUUUACGAGGGAUCUAUUAAGGCUAAUGAAAAAACUUAAUAAACUUGUUGACUACAUCUUGUUCUGUGAAGUUCUACUGUGCUGGUUGAAUAACGUUCUGCAACCAAGUAGAUGAGUUUGGCCGCCCUAGCUAAGCCUCACCUAGAGAGAAACAGCAGCCCCGACAUCCAACGCCAAGUAUCUCAAGAUCAGGAGACGGCAGUUCCCCAGUAUUUGACAGAAAAUGUCUGAAGCAAGAAUCUUCUAAUCCUCUAGUCGUCAGCGGUUGUUUAUGCGGAACUUCGAUAAUGCGGGAUUUCGAUAGUGCAGAGUGGUUUCGUCCGGUUGGCUUCUAUAUAUGCGUUUUCAUAAUAGUCGCAGGACUGUACCUCCUCUUUAUAGCGCAAAUGCAGGUACUGAAGAAUUUGUUUGCUGUUGUAGUGCUACUUUUAGCCAACGUUUUUAGGAGAUAUGCAUCUUCUGUAGUUGUUCUUGGAAAAACUGUAGUUGUUCUGUAGUUGUUCUUGGGAAAACUAGGCUACUUGGUCUUUAGCCAGUGAAACACAAGUCAUCCGCAACAAACAGGCAACGUCGUCUUUGUUCAACAAGACGGCAUCUAUAGUGUUGCCAAGCUCGUCACCGUUGCGCCGUGCCGGCAGCAAGCGGACGCGCGGCGGGAGCGCUGGGAGCAAAAGCAAGCUCGGGACACCAACUAUUGCUGUUGAAAAAAUAACACUAGACAAGCUAUUGCCAGACCUGACAACAAGUGCCAGACCAUUAGUAGAUCCUAGUACUUGUGAUCAUACCGAUGCAAGUAGUGGGGGCAGAGUGGAAGCGAGUACAGAAGCAAGUACAACUAGAGCAAUAGCGGAUGCUUUGAAUAUGAACAAUAUAAUCAAUUCGUUAAUUAUGGCUUCUAUCGUGAGAGCACCAUCCUUGGUUAUUUUUCUUAGGCGAAAAGUCGCCAAGAAUGGAUGCUACCAUGGAUACGACCAAUGAGGUAGCUCUAAGUCAGCCUCUUCUGAGCACGAAGGUGUAAUCUGGGCACGACGGCAUGAAGACGACCUCCGUGCCCUAGAAAAUAAGUUACAUCCCCUAUAUCAUGCAGUAGACGUCGACGGCAAUCACAACAAUGCAGCAGCCAUGACUAGUAGUGUGGAUGGCAGCGGUAGCGGCUUUGACAAUAGUACUGGAGAUGGGUAUACCUCAACCUCCGCAGAUCAUAGUGGCAGUGACCCGAGACCACAUGAGAUGAAAACGAGCUGCCCAUCUCCUCCAUCGGUCGUGGGGGAAGCUACUAGAAAACGGGAGUCUACUUCAUCUAGCAGCAGUAGUUCUUCUCAACAAGGAGAAGGAGAUAGAGAACACCACGUAAUAGAAGUAAAUGAUGGACCAACAACAGCAACGACAACAACAAUAAUACGAAAUAAACUAGAUCUACUUGUUCAACCUCCUGGUACGAAGAAGGUUGUGGGUGCAGGAGAAGAUGAAGCUGGCUGUGGUGCAUACGAUAUGUUAUUUCCGACAAGGACUUGUUCCGGAGACGGCGACCAGAGAGGCGAUGGGGACGCACUGGAUGAGAUCGUCCUUAGUGAUUUAGCUUCCGGCGAUGACCAAGCGAACAACCAGGAGGAUAUUAUGCCUAUCUUUCGUCUUUCAUAAAAUCUAGUCGUGUGAUCAAGAUCAUCAUCUUUGAAAUUAUCAAAAUGCUUCGAAUCUUCUGCUAUGAUCGAUCGUUGAAAACUCCGGAGAUCAUCAUUAUCCGGAGUGGGAUAUUUCCUGUAGCAAGGGGGCAGUUAUAAUUGAUACUACUUGAAGAGUGAGUUUUCAGGCAGUCUGAAGGGCGUAAAGCUAUAGCGCUAACAACAGCAUGUCGGAGCAACAGGAAGGAGCUGGAUCGAAUAGCUCCUCAUGGUGGAUAUUGGAGAAUUUCCGCGCACCGUCGCCUAUAAAGGUGAUGCAAUACCCGUUCGCGCUUCAUACUCCUCACACCCCCAGCGAAAGACCCAGUCUAGGAGAUUGGAAGCUCAACUGAUGAGUGGUGGCGUUUCUGUAGUCGAAGGUUUUUUAUACGAUUUUUUUACAACUGCAGUGCAGUGUAGAUCCGACUGUCAUUUAGGCAAGGUGCUCAAGAAUAUCAAAAGACUGGACGAAGAUUUUAGCAGCGAUGCAGGGAUCACGACCAGAUCAUAAGCAGUAGAACAUCGGAUUUAUUGUCGACACUAGAAUCCAGAUGCACAGUUAUUUUCCCCACUAGAAUCCAGCAGACGCAGAGUUUGUAUUUGAAACACUAGAAUCCAGCAGACGCAGAGUUUGUAUUUGAAACACUAGAAUCCAAAUGUUGUACACUUAUUUUGAACACUAGAAUCUAAGCAG